AUGGGUAGGAUUCCAAAAGGCUUGGCAAUUCAACUACAUAAAGUUUCUGGCCAGUCAAGUAUUGACUUUGUCCUAAGAUGGAGCAAAGAAGAUUAUGGGCUAGUAUCGACGAACCAGCGCAUGCUUCAGGCAGUUGUUUCUCAAGACCUGAUCAAUACAAAGACGAAACAGGCACCUGUCAACAAGACAUUUGAUCCGAACAUAUCAAGCAAACGAAGAGUCCGAAGGGGAUGGGAUCCCAUUCACAACAGGUCUUGAUAUGUUCAAGGUGUUUCUUACAGUACAGAGAGAUCAGGCAAAGAAAGUUUGACACAUGAAUAAACACCUAGAGCAGAAAAGAUUGGAAAAUGUGUGGACUACACCAACUUCCCAAAGGGUAUCUAUCUGGCUUGGUAGACUGUUUUUCCUAUUCUUGUUUUAAAAGUUUUUACUGCAGAGAGAAGUGUAUAUUCAAAGUUGUAGAAAAUGGUCUCUUAAAACAUUCAGCGAGCCAGCAUCGUGGCUACGUGUUGUUUUAAGAUGAGAUGCACAACAAUGAAGAUGGUUCUAGCUCUCAAAAAACCAAAAAUAUAGGUCAUGUUUGGUUUGCAUCUCAGAAACUAUUUUUUCG